GCUUACUGUGGAAUCUCUUAUGUUGGUCCCAUUCAGGCCGCCCAGCAAAUCAUUGAACUUCAGGAAGCUGCACAAAUAAAUGCAGGUUUACAGCCGACCAACCUGGGAAGGAACAACAGCCUGCAUGACAUGAAGACCGUGGUGAAGACCUGGAGGAACAGGCUGCCCAUUGUCUCUGACGACUUGUCCCACUGGAGCAGCGUCUUCAUGUGGCGGCAGCAUCAUUACCAGGGUAAACCUACCUGGUCCGGCAUGCAUUCAUCAUCUAUUGUAACUGCGUAUGAAAAUAGUUCUCAGCAUGAUCCAAGUUCCAAUAAUGCUAUGCUUGGGGUUCAUGCGUCAGCUUCAGCAAUCAUCCAGUAUGGAAAAAUUGCCCGAAAACAAGGACUGGUCAAUGUAGCUCUGGAUAUAUUAAGCCGUAUUCAUACUAUUCCAACUGUUCCUAUUGUGGAUUGCUUCCAGAAGAUUCGACAGCAAGUCAAGUGCUAUCUCCAACUGGCAGGAGUCAUGGGGAAAAACGAGUGUAUGCAGGUAGAGUGCCAGCAGGGCCUGGUGCCUGUCCCUGUGCCCAGCAGGUCCAGUAAAGAAGGAUGGGAGUGUCCCCAUGGAAACUCCUGGUUCAGAUAACAGGGAAGGAGGGUUAGAACUUUGUACAAAUACAGCCAUAGUAGGGGGAAACAGU